AUGGGGUCCGAUAAGAGACCACAGUUGAAGAAACAGCAGACCGAGGAUGAGUCCAUUUUGAGAGGUCGGGGAGCAACAAAGAAUCCUUCUGGAUCAUCAAAUCUCUUCUUCAGGAGUUCAUCUGCAUCAAAUUUAUUUCGGCUUCGAAAAUCAUUUGCUAAUGGAGGCUCGAGCAGUAGUAGUAAUUCUGCUAUGGUAUUAAAAUCAGGACAAUCGAAGUUGAAGAACGAGGACGGUAGUGAAGUUUCGGAUACUCAUCAUAUGAUCGAUGUUCUUCCCUCGUUUGAAAUGUAUAAUGCUUUACAUCGCAACAUCCCACGAGGAAAUGUAAACCCUGACCAGCAUGAUUUACCCCCCAGCUAUCUAGAAGUGGAGUCACAGCGGCAAACGCCUGAUUCAUCUGACGGUACCACUGUCUCCCAACUUGAUGAAAUGUUCCUCUCCCCAUCGCCUUCCUUAUACGAUGCCAACACUCGCGUUGGAUCUUCACAGAGCCUUCAAAGCUUGAAUACAGUAUCCUCAGGGGUGUUACAAAACAGUUUACAAGCGUUGAGUACUAGAUAUGAGGCGAUAAUUGACGAUUUGGAUGAUUCAGAUAAUAUAAAGAUCGAGAAGCUAUACUCGUUACCGAAGGUGUCAACACCUAUUGACGUUAAUAUUCGAAUUCUUAAGAAGGCUACGAAACCCUGCGAAGAGAAACCUGAGGAAGAGUCCAUAUUAAAGGAGUAUACUUCCGGGGAUAUUAUCAACGGGUUUGUUGUUAUAGAGAAUAGAUCUCAACAUCCCCUUCGAUUCGAAAUGUUUUACGUUACGUUGGAAGGUUGUGCAUGUGUCAUUGAUAAAAAACAAGGUAAACGUACUGUAAAGAGAUUCCUUAGAAUGGUGGAUUUAUCUGCAAGUUGGUCUUAUUCGAAUAUUGAUCUUGCCACGGGGUUCCAGUAUGUUCCAGGAGAUAUCGAUCAGGAUGGAUGUGUCUUGGGAUUAAACAACGACAGAUUCUUGCAGCCUGGCGUCCGUUAUAAAAAAUUCUUCACAUUUAAGUUCCCAAAUCAAUUACUUGAUAUUUCAUGCAAGCAUGAGAUGUUCUGCCAUUGUCUUUUGCCGCCUAGCUUCGGGGUGGACAAGUAUAAGCAUCACGCUCGCUAUUCAAAUAUUAAGUUGAAUUCUAUGCUUGGAUAUGGUCACUUGGGCACUAAAGGAUCACCAAUUUUGACUAAUGAUUUAUGCAGCGAUAAUCUAUCGGUGAGUUACACCAUUGACGCACGAGUCGUUGGGAAAGAUGCCAAACGUAAUGAAUUGACAAUAAUGAAGGAAAAAGAAUAUAAUCUAAGGCUUAUUCCAUUCGGAUUUUGCCAACCGUUAACAGGUGAAGGUGAUCCACUCAUUCAAAUGAAUGCAUUGCAAAAACUAGUAGAGGAAAGAAUGGAUGCUUUAGAAAGAGUAUUUAAGAGACUGGAGGCUGGAGAAUGUAUUACUGCUAAUGAUAUCCAUAGUACUGAUUUGAGUGGAACAAUAGACAAUGACACAAAUAUCGAUUCAAGAGAGAUUUUGGACAGGAAAUUAAACCAAUUGCAUAUUGCCAACAGAAUAGAUCCAGACGCUGCUACAUUUCCAUUAAGAAAUGUGAAGACCUCCAAAAGACAUCAACAUACCAUCGUUUCUGAAUUCCCGUAUACGAUAAAGCCAAAAUCUAAGUCUAGAAAUAAACUGAAGAAAAACAUAUUUAGUGGUCUUUAUGGUAGCUCCUCUUCAACUACUGCUGCUGAAACGGAAACAGCAGCUUCAGCAACAUCAACAACAGCAUCAUUAGCUUCAGAGUCAGUACCGUCAUCAUCAUUAGUAUCAUCGGAUACAAUGAAAUAUGGCAUCAUAAUGUUAGAAUGCAAGGUACCCGAGGACGGAUUACCAUAUAUAAGACCCUCUUUACUGAAGAAAACGAACCAGUACCAAAACAAAAACAAGCACGACCAAGCGAAUUGGGACUGUGCACAGUCUUCGUUCCUAGAUGAGGAAAUGAAAGUGUUGGACCAUUUGAAUAUACAUCUGAGAUGUAUUCAAGCCAACAGUAGUGUGUCCCAUAAGCCACCGGAAAUCCAAGCUGUUACCACGCAACUAAUAUGCAUUACUUCUAAAGCGGUGAGCUCAUUCCCUUUGAAACUAAAUGCAGAACUGUUAUUGAACACUGAGAAGAUGAAAGGCAUCACGGGAACUUUCCAUGGCUACUUGCAAAAGGUUAAAGAUUACAAACAAAAGUUCAAAAGCAAUAUUGAUCAACUCACGGAACUAUACAACAAAUCAAAAUCGACUAUGAGCUCACACCAAGAAAUUAGGUUCUCUGAUUUUGUCACGCCUCAGUUGAUGAAUGAUAUAGAAAGUUUAGCCUCCUUGGUGAUCGACGUAAAGAGUUUGAACAACAUUUUCAAGAAGCAAGAUCAGACUUUAUCACAUGCCAGCGAUAAGAUUUCAGGAGGCACUAAUCUGCUGAGUUCAGAUUCGGCUCCAUUAAGUUUACAAGCUGCACUUUCUCACAGUAACCCACUGACUCAGGCCGAACUAAUGAAGCAAGAGUUACUACAUGAAUGGAUCGAAAGCAAUGAAAAGGAAUACAACAGAGAAGUGACAGUGAACCUAGUAUUGGAUACAGAAAUUAAAGAAACCUUGGUUCCUACGUUUGAGAGUUGUUUAUGUUCGAGAAUGUACUGCGUAAGAGUGAAUGUCAAAUUUGAGAACAAUAUUGGAACAACCUCAAUCGAUGUUCCUGUAAGAAUCAGAUACUUAGAGUGUUGA